GUCUACUAAUAUGCUUCAUAAGCACGCAUUAAUGUCGGACGUCACAAAUAUUAGAAUUUUCUAGUCUUUAAAUAUCUGAUAUUUUAGAAUUGUACAACAAAUAACACGAAAAAUAUUGAUGAAACGUAAUACGAUGGUGGGGUGUGUGCUGAUGGCCGGUGUGAUGCUGUUGUAUCUGAUUGCGGUUAUGCGACAAAACGCUUACGUAGCUGCAGAAGAUGAUAGUGUUACCACCAAGCAGUUGUACUUUGUUAAAUCAUUUAAAUGUAUCAACAAUACAUGUGUCGUCAGCAAAUUGCCUUCAAUGGAAAAAGAGAACAGUGGAGUUGAUGGGUCUGUAGACGUUUGUCGUUUAACCUGUGGACGCUAUGGAUCACUUUGGCCGAAACCAACAGUCAAUACAACGAUAAGACACUCUGUAAUCGAAUUCGGUCUCGAUAAUGUUAAAUUUGAUACAUCGAAGAUGGCUGACCAAUUAAGCAAAGAAUACAUGUCUGAAGCGUCUCAAGUUUUUAUAUUGUCCUUAAAAAAACUAUGUGUCCCAAAUUGUGUUUCCAAUGCAAAUACUCCAAUUAUAUCUAUAUCUACAAGUAAUCCAUUUGAAUAUAUCAAAUUGACAACAGACGAAAGUUAUAGUUUGAAAAUAAAUACCGAGGGAGACAGUAUACUUAUUAAUAUCGAAGCAAAGACCGUUUAUGGAGCGAGAAAUGGAUUGGAAACUGUAAGACAACUUGUUGCUACAUACGGUUCUAUUGUGUCUGGAAAAAAAUUGGUGAUGGCUGGCGAUGUUCAAAUAACUGAUCGACCUAUAUACGCAUACCGUGGUUUUAUGCUCGACACGGCAAGACAUUAUUUCCCAAUAUCAACUAUUAAGCGACAUAUCGAUGCGAUGGCUCAUUCCAAACUAAAUGUAUUCCAUUGGCACGCCACCGAUUCUCAUAGUUUUCCGUUGGAUUUACCUAGUGCGCCAUUAAUGUCUAAAUAUGGAGCUUAUAGUCCUAAUGAAAAAUAUUCGUUUAACGAAAUCAAAGAUCUUCUCAGAUAUGCAUUAGUAAGAGGAGUCAGAAUUAUUAUCGAGAUCGAUUCGCCAGCACACGCCGGUAACGGUUGGCAAUGGGGUAAAGAAUUCGGCUUUGGUGACAUGGCUGUUUGUGUAGACAGAGAACCUUGGAAAAAUUACUGUGUACAACCACCAUGUGGACAGCUCAAUCCAAUCAAUACUAAUACAUAUAAAUGGUUGGGAAAAAUUUAUAAGGACUUAAUAAAUGUACUACCAAAAGGAGAAGCGUUCCACAUGGGUGGCGAUGAGGUUGCUCUAAAUUGCUGGAAUACUACUACUGAAAUCACUGAUUGGAUGAAAAACAACAACCGUAGCUUGGAUGAAGAAGGUUAUUUAAACUUGUGGUCUCAAUUCCAUGCUAAUUCGUUAAGUGAAUACGAUAAAGAAGCUGGAGAUGAUAAAUCCGACAUCAUCGUUUGGUCUAGUGGUUUGACUGAACCUAAAGUUAUAGAGAGGUAUUUGGACAAAAGAAGAUACACCGUCGAAGUUUGGGAAGGAUCAAAUAGUCCAGAAGAACUCGUUAAAUUAGGCUAUAAGGUUAUAAUCGCUUUACAGAGUGUUUACUAUCUUGAUCACGGUUUUUGGUUUUCAACUAAUUAUCAUACUUGGGAAGAAAUGUACAACAAUAAAAUGCCAAAUGUAGACGAUCCAAAUCUUUUAUUAGGCGCAGAAACAUGUAUGUGGUCUGAGUAUGUCGAUGAUAAUGCUAUUGAUUCUAAAGUAUGGCCAAGAGCUGCAGCUUUAGCCGAACGACUGUGGUCAAACCCAAUAACAAAUUCUGUAUCUGCUGAAAACAGAUUCAUACAACAUCGUGAAAGACUGAUAACACUUGGUCUUAAAGCAGACACAGUGACACCGGAAUGGUGUUACAUCCACGAAGGAGAGUGCAUAUUAGAGUAAUACAAUUUUUUUUUUGAAAAUGUAUAGGUUUAAGAAGGGUAUAUUAUUAUUUAUACAUGUAUAUAUUUUCAUAAUAAUAAUAAUGCAAUAUAUUUAAAUAAAUAAUCAAUUUUUUCCAGCAUGCUAUAGAGCGCAUUUAUUUUGCGCAUUAGGUUU